GCGGUUAAGCUUUAUUGAUUGCACUUACAGCCCCUUGUCACGUAUAAAGAUUUUAUGUGCAACUCCGGAACGUAUAUAAACGCUCGUCGAUUGAUGCCACAUCGCCACAAAGUCCUCUCGACUUGCGAAUCUUACCUUCACCUCGACACCUAACAACCAUGAAGUUCCUGGUUUGCGUGAUGGUCUUGGCGGUGCUCUGCCAGGCCGCUAUUGCCUUCAACAACUGGCCCGUGGUCGGCGGAGGCUGGGGAUUAGGCGGCCCAGGAUACCUGGGGGAUUGGGGAUACGGUGCUGGUGGCUACCCCUUCUACGGCGGCUUGGGUUACCCACAUGGUGGAUUCUACCCAUAUCGGAGAUGGGGUCAUCCGGGUCACUAUUUGGGAAAGAAGGCUUAUUACUGAGACCUUACUACAGCUUGAAAUAUUGGAAUAUUACUACUGCCUGACUCAACGGACAAUGCCUAGGAUGCUUUACUAUUGAAAUAUACUAAUUCAUUCAUUAAAACACAAGAAAAUAAAGGAAAUAGCAAGUUAAUAUAAA